AUGUCAAAAAACGAAAAAUCGCCACUAAUAAACGUCGAGGAUGACACUUGUUUCACAUAUUCUUGUGAAGUCGAAUGUGCUACUAACCAUUCUAAUAAUUUAUCAAAAGACUCUACAUUAGAAGUCAGAUUAAAAGCUCUUUUAGAUAGAGAAACGGAAUUAAAACUACAAAUUGAUGAAUUAAUUGAAGAAAUUACGAAUUUAGAAGCAAUUGCGAGAAAUAGAAGUAAAAGUAAUGGUGGCAAUGAAGAAGAAAAUAAAGAAACUAAAAAGAAUGGUAUUAAAAAAGAAGUUGUUGAAGAAGUUUGUUGGGAAGAAUUCGAAGCUCCAGAAUGGUGUGUGCCUAUAAAAGCUGAUGUAUUAACGUUUGAAUGGGAUGAACUCGCUAAAGAAUGUCAAUUUGAUGUAAUUUUAAUGGAUCCGCCUUGGCAAUUAGCAACACAUGCCCCAACACGCGGUCAACAAAUGAAUGACGGAUUAAAGGUGGCUAUAGCUUAUCAACAAUUGCCGGAUGUUUGUAUCGAGGAAUUGCCGAUUCCUCAAUUACAGAAAAAUGGAUUCUUGUUUAUCUGGGUCAUUAAUAAUAAAUAUUCUAAAGCCUUCGAAAUGAUGAAAAAAUGGGGUUACACGUACUGUGAUGAUAUUACAUGGGUUAAACAAACGGUGAAUAGAAGAAUGGCUAAAGGACAUGGAUUUUAUCUGCAACACGCGAAAGAGACAUGUUUAAUGGGAAGAAAGGGAGAGGACCCUCCAGAAUGUAAUCAUUCAAUUUCUUCAGAUGUGAUAUUUUCAGAAAGACGAGGACAAAGCCAAAAGCCUGAAGAAUUAUAUGAGAUGAUUGAAGAGUUGGUUCCUAAUGGAAAUUAUUUAGAGAUAUUUGGACGGAAAAAUAAUUUGAGAGAUUAUUGGGUGACAAUAGGAAAUGAAUUGUGA